AUGGUUUACCUCAAGUCUUCGCUUCUGGCCCUGCUGGCCCUCCCCCUCUCUGGCGCGUUCGCUGCCGAGGAGGCUCCCGUUGAUACGGACGCCACUGCCCCGACCCUCAAGGCCGACAUCGAGACUACCUUCCCUGACGCCGACAUCUUCGGUGUCAAGAUCGUCAACGGUCACCCCACUAAGGCUUUCGUCGAGUUCACGAAUCACGAGGAUGCGCCGAUUCAGGUCGCGUUGGUUGGUGGUACCUUGUCUAGCACCAAGGAGCUUCCCGAAAAUGCCCUCCCCAGCGACAACAUUAUCCGCAACCUGACUGCUGCCCGUUACGACCUGACGAUCGAGGCUGGCGACAAAAAGGCUGUCCCCUACUCCUUCGCCCUCGACGCCAACCCUCAGGAUGUCCUCCUUCAGCUCAUUGCUGUCGUCAGCAAUGCCAAGGGCGAUAUCUUCCAGCUCGAGGCAUACAACGCCACCGCCGCAAUUGUUGAGCCUCCCACCAGCAUCUUCGACCCCCAGAUCAUUUUCCUCUACCUCUUCCUCUCCGGUGCCUUCGCUGGCACUCUCUACUUCGUCUACAAGACCUGGAUCGAGGCUCUGUUCCCCCAGGCCAAGAAGGCUAAGACCUCCAAGAAGGCCCGUACUGUUAGUGUUACGGUGCCUCUGGCCGACUCGGAUGCCACCGGCGAGGCUACUUCUACUGGCAAGAGCUAUGACGAGAGCUGGAUCCCCGAGCACCACAUCAACCGCCCUGUCGCCAAGCGCGUUAAGAGCGGUGCUAGCGGCAAGCUCAGGAAGGGUGCUGAGUAG